AUGGCUCACCUGCGCGCCUGCGAAGUCCGGCAGCUGCUGCACAACAAGUUCGUGGUAAUCAUGGGGGACUCGGUCCAGAGGGCUGUAUACAAGGAUUUGGUGGUCCUGCUGCAGAAGGACUGCCUGCUGUCUUCCAGUCAGCUGAAGGCCAAGGGUGAACUGACUUUCGAGGGGGACGUCCUGCUGGAGGGUGGACGGUGGGGCCGCAUGCACAAUGGUACCCACUACCGCGAGGUCCGCCAGUUCCGCUCGGGCCACCACCUGGUCCGUUUCUACUUCCUCACCCGUGCCUACUCCCCGUACCUCGUGGACGUCCUGGAAGAGCUGCGUCAGGGCGAGCACGCCCCGGACUUGGUCGUCAUCAAUUCCUGCCUUUGGGACCUCUCGAGGUACGGCCAGGACUUCCGGAGAGGCUACCGCGAGGACCUGGAGAGCCUGUUCCGGCACCUGGGCCAGGUGCUGCCUGCGUCCUGUCUCCUGGUGUGGCACACGGCCAUGCCAGUGGCCGAGGUCGUCUCGGGCGGCUUCCUCCUGCCAGAGCAUCAGCUCCGGGGCGCCCAACUGCGGGAAGACGUGAUUGAGGCCAACUUCUACAGCUCGGUUGAAGCCAGCAGGCACGGCUUCGAUGUGCUAGACCUACAUUUCCACUUCCGCCAUGCUGGGCAGCACCGGCAGCGAGAUGGCGUGCACUGGGACGAGCGCGCGCACCGCCAUCUCUCCCAGCUGCUGCUGGCGCACGUGGCGGAUGCCUGGGGCGUGGAUCUUCCCCGCCGCUACCCCGUGGGCAGAUGGAUCAGGGAUGGUUCUUCCAGUGGAAGUGCAGCCCCAGCUGGAGGGAGGCAGCCCCGAGACAGCAGAGGUGAUGAAGGCCGACAGGCCUUGUCCAGGCCCCCAGCCAGAUCCUCGUCUUUCCGCAGCCCAGGGCGACUUUCUGCACGCUUUGCCCACUCUCGACCUCUGUUCCGGCACUAUGACCGAGACACGUUUGUGACGUCCCGCCCGUCUUUUCAACCCCGGCAAUUCUACAAUGAUUUUUCAACGAUUCAGGUGGAAUAUAUUGGCGAAGAAAACUCCAGGAUUGGCGUCGAGCAGCGUCAGGGCCCCGUCCGCAGAGUUUCAAUCCAGUACCAGAACAGAGCGCCGCCUCCUUACCCACUCCAGCACGCCAGCAGGCCACGCAGACACCGGCGUGGGCGCACUCAGAGACAAGGCCCCUACGGCCAGACCGAGACCUAG